AUGAUGUGGUGCCCACACUCUUCCCUCAUGUACCACUACGCAUGGAUAUUGACCUUGCCUACGAAAAUUUUAAACAUUUACAUCUUAGUUUCUUUGCUUGCUUCAGCAGAGUUUCUUGUGCUGGUUAUUCUCAGAUUGCCAACAAAUCCAAACAUUUCCUUGUCCAAGAUCAAGGUUUUUAUUCAGUUCAACAACAUGUCUAAUAAUGGCAGCCGCAAACGCCCCGGGCCAGCUUCGGGUCGCGCCACGAAAAUCAGAAAACCCCGGAAGCCUAUUUCUGAAGAUGAGGAAAGCAAUGAAUCCUCCCUAUCAGACCACACCCAGGAAGUUCCAAGAACCCCUUCUCCACUUAUUGAUAUGCCAAUGUUAAAAUUGCCAGAGGAGUUAUUGAAGACUUUCUACAAAACACCUGGGGUGCUGAUGAUUGCUGGACUUGUUUCCUGGGAUUUGGUGGCCAAAAGAGAUAACAACCCAUCCAAGAGAACACACCCAAAUCUCUACACUUUCCAUAAAUUUACUGAGCGCAAGUACCGUCUCAUAGUGAGUGGAUGCAGUGCUGGUCAUUCCAUCUUGGUGUCCGAGGAGGGAGAAGCUUAUACUUUUGGUCGUAAUACCUGUGGUCAACUGGGAUUUGGUGAUACAGUCACUCGUAAUGUGCCUGAAUUAGUUCCUGAUCUGAAAGGCAUAAACAUCAUCCAUGCUGCUGUUGGCAGAAAUCAUUCUCUAUUCGUAACUGAUACGGGUGCAGUAUAUGCUUGCGGUGAUAACAAAAGUGGACAAUGUGGCCUUGGCAACACGACUCCUCAGAUUCUAAAACCCACCCGAGUGAGACAUGCUGGAGCACCAAUAGUCAAAGUUGGAUGUGGUGCUGAAUUUUCUAUGAUACUGGAUUGUAAUGGUGCUCUUCAUUCCUUUGGACUGCCUGAGUAUGGUCAAUUAGGCCACAACACAGAUGGAAAGUACUUUGUAACAUCUACUAAACUUUCAUUCCACUUUGAGACUGUGCCUAAGCAUAUUGCACUAUUCUUUGAAAAGUCUAAAGACGGACAUAUCACACCCGUAAAGGACGUCGAUAUUGUCGACUUUUCUUGUGGAAAUAACCAUACUGUCGCAAUAGACUCCCAGAAGCGAGCAUAUAGCUGGGGUUUCGGCGGCUUUGGGCGUUUGGGCCACGCCGAGCAGAAAGAUGAGAGCGUUCCGCGCCUUAUAAAGUACUUUGAGUCACAAGCACGUGGCGUUCGUUCCGUGCACUGCGGAGCCACCUACAGCCUCGCCGUUAACGAACUUGGUGUGCUUUUCAUGUUUGGUCAGACCAAGCGAACAGGAGAAGCCAAUAUGUAUCCAAAGCCAGUACAGGACCUUACUGGUUGGAAUAUUCGAAGUGUAGGCACUAGCAACACAUCAAUUGUGAUAGCUGCUGAUGAUUCACUCAUUGCCUGGGGAGUGUCGCCGACUUAUGGAGAAUUGGGUACUGGAGACAUCAAUAAAUCCACAGCACGGCCCAAAGAAGUGACCAGAAUGGAGGGGCUCAACAUAACUCAGGUUGCAAUGGGAUUUUCUCAUACACUCCUGUUGAGUGACGAUACGGCAGAAGAAGUGAAGCAAAAACUUGCUGCAAUGCCCACUUUCAAUCCC